CUAAUAGAUAGGGUACCAGCCAGCCAAUUGAAGCCAACAGUAAAUGACAAAACCCAACUACAUCAAUGGAGUUCGCAAGACACAAAGCAAUCCCUUUUGGGAGUGGAAGGGAAUAAACGGAAAAAAGAGAAUGAAUGGAGACAAGGGAUUAUCGGUCACCGGAUUCCUCCAGGAGAAUGGGCGGAAGAUGGAGGAAGCAGUGCUGGGUCCUGGCGGCGGCGCUGGGGUUGGGUGCGGCAUUGGAGUAGGCUUGGGAUUAGUCGGAGGAGUUGGCUAUGGUGGCUGGCCAUGGAACCAACUCAGGAUGGUUUUCGGGGUUGGGAUGGGCUGUGGGGUUGGUGUUGGCUUUGGUUAUGGGCAGGGGCUUGGAUUAGGCUUCAGUUUGGAUACAUUGAGAUCACAUCUGUCCAAUUCCAAGCCGAAAUCAGAUUCUAAAGAUUGGUUUAUAAUUCAUCAUUGAUUCUGUGCUCAUGCUUAGGAAUUUUCUCUUUCAUAUCCUUGUUUGUGUCUUGGGAAAUUCUUCCGUACUUUGCAGCAAAAUGUUAUCCGAUCAAGUUCGACUCAAAUUUGCGCCAAUAUGAAUAUGAUUAAAGUGUUCCAAAAUUUUUUGGAAUUGAGCUUAAAUUUUCUAGUGUCGAUACCAAAAGUUGUAAAUCUUUUAUUAAGUGACAAUUUGACAUCAUCAUAUCAUAAUGUAUCUCUACUUUUUUGCUGAUAUUGAUAUCGUGUAUAACCCAUAUGAAUAUU